GAUUUUAUAAACCCUCUAAAAGCUAGGGUUUUAGGACAAGCAAGCUGCCAUUUUUCUCGGAAUAACGAGGUUUCUCGACGUCUAGCCGAAAAUGGGUUUCUGGGGACUUGAAGUGAAACCCGGGGAACAUCAUCCUUAUCAUCCAGAUCAUGACAAUGUACAAGGACAACUUCACGUAACUCAGGCUACUCUAGGCUCGGGUUUGGGCAAAGACAAGAGUGUGCUCCAAUGUUCGGCAGGAGAUAAGGGUCCGAUUUACUUGUGCUCGUUAUUACCGGACAAAACUGAAUGCUGUCCUUUGAGCCUUGUGUUUGAUGAUAAUGACGAGCCAGUUGAGUUCACGGUGAUUGGUGAAAGGAGCAUCCAUCUCUCUGGAUACUUCGAGGACUUUGAGCAGAACUCCUUCCAGGGGGAAGAUGAUUCAGAUGGCAUUGAUAUUGCUGAAACCGACUCUGAUGAGUCGUCUGACUAUGAUAGCGAAGAGGACUGUGAUAGUGAAGAGGACUUCAUUGACGAUGACGAUGAUAUUGCUAUGCAUCAGCCUUCUUCUGUCCCAAAUAGCGGAGUUGUAAUUGAGGAGAUAGAAGAUGAAGAGAGCCCCGUCAAAGAAGUUCAGCCAAAACGACACACGAAGAAGAGUCAGUCUAAGUCUAGUGAAGACAAGGAUGCAAAGAAACAGACUAUUGUCAAAGACAGUGAUCGGUUUACUGGACAAGAUGGUGUAUUAGAAAGUGACAACAAGAACAAAAAGAAGAAGAAACAGAAGCAAAAGCAAGGAGGGGAGAAUGCCAAUGGGUCAAAAGAUGAACAAGCUCAAAAGGAGGAAACCCCUGAAACUAACCAGGUUUCUUCUGAUAAGAAUGAAAACUCCAAGAGCCUGAAUAACUCUGCUGAGAAGAAAAAGAAAAAUAAAAACAAGAACAAGAAUCAAGAAGCUGAUGGAACUGCAGAUAAAGCUGUUUCCAGCAAUCAAGAGAAGGAAAAAUCAGAUUCUGUCUCUGAAGGGAAUAAAGGGAACUCCAAGACAUCUCAUGUGCAAACACACCCUAAUGGUCUCAUUGUUGAAGAGUUAGUCAUGGGCAAACCAGAUGGCAAGAGAGCUUCUCCCGGCAAACAGGUCAGCGUGCGGUACAUCGGAAAGCUUCAGAAAAAUGGGAAGAUUUUCGAUUCCAAUGUCAGAAAAGCACCUUUCAAGUUUCGGCUAGGUCUUGGCCAAGUCAUUAAGGGAUGGGAUGUCGGUGUUAACGGCAUGCGUGUAGGUGAGAAAAGAAGGCUUACAAUUCCUCCAUCAAUGGGGUAUGGCAAGAAAGGUGCGGGUGGGCAGAUUCCUCCGAACGCUUGGCUGGUCUUUGACGUUGAACUCAUCGAUGUUUGCUGAUUUCUUGGCUCAUGAAGAAGAAGAGCUCUUCAAGUACAUGAAGGAGAAAAGGUCCUUCUUCUAUAUUCACUGGAACGCAGUCCUUCUUCUAUAUUCUCUUCUUUAUGUGUGUUACAGGCAAUAUAUACAAUAUAUAUAUAUAUAUAGCCGCAGUGCUAUGGUCAUCAUGUGAAAGACUUGCUCUUUUUAUGGUCGUUUAGGAACUGUGUUUUCUU